AUGCGCAUGAACGAGAAGCGGCGAGGUGAGGUGAAGUGCGUCAUCGUCGGCGACGGCGCGGUCGGCAAGACGAGCAUGCUGAUGAGCUACACCACGGGCGGCAUCAAGAUGGACUACAUCCCCACGUGCUUCGACUGUUACACAGUGGACGUGUCUGUUGGCGAAAUGCAACACACCAUGAGCAUCAUAGACACAGCCGGACAGGAGACUUACGAUCGAUUGAGGACCCUCUCGUACUACGACACCGAUGUUUUCGUCAUCUGCUUUUCGGUAGCAGACGAAGAUUCCUUCAACAACGUUAAAACAAAAUGGAUUCCGGAAAUACGUCAGUACCGACCGGGAACACCGUUUAUUCUCGUUUCCUAA